CAAACUGCUCGUAGUUGUUCAUGAAACACCUUCAUGACGGAUUUAUGCGCAGGGCUGUAAAAGUUAAUCGCCGGCUAAUAGGAGCUUAUCGCUGGUAUUACUGGUAUUACUGAUACUCUCAAGUAGUUUUGGGAAAAUCCAAAAAAUCAUUCACAACCAACGAUUCCAUUAUGGAGGACUGGAAGAUAACGCCGGAGGAGCUUAUCCGACUACGGGAAAGCUGUCUUCAGUGCAUCCGCGAUGGAGAACUCUACGAGCUGCGCAAUGAUGCCAAACUAAGGGCUGUUUAUAGCACCCAAAACUACGAGGAAUUCAAGGAUAUAGUGGAUGCGGCUCAUCUGCGUCCAGUUACCAGAAGGGACAAGGCCAAUGCCCAGACCAAGAACCGACUAUGGAACUCGGCCGCCCGCGAUUGAUUCGAUUCCCCAAUAAAGAAGAAAGCAACGAGUUGAGUUA